UCUCCAGCCUCUUUCCCUCAGUCAGUCUCUCUAACGCCUCAUCUCUUGAUGAUGACUUUGGUACUUACUCUGUGACUUACUCUUGUCUUGUCCUCUCCUUUUCAACAGAAUGAUGCUGCAGAUAAAAGCCACAAUCAAAAGCGCAGUAGCAGUUGAAAUAAGCAGUAUACGAAUGUCGUUACUCAAACUGACACCAGUUGCAGUAGUGUCCAUAGCA